UAGUUAAUGAGCUGACGAUAGUCAACAUCCUGUGUGUGUGCGUCUGGCAGAGCUUAAGUCACUGCUGGGAAACCGAAUUAGCAACAUAAAGUGAUUGUAUUUCAAUUUGUGUCGUUUUUCUUUUUUUAAGAAAAACCUCAACAUAUCUGUUGAGGAAGUUACUCGGACCACACGUUGUCUCCGUCCCGCCAUAGUUUGCACUGACGCUAAACCGUUACUAACGGCUCCGCACUAAAAAAAUGGCCACAGACGAGCUUUCUCAGAAACUCAGCCGACGGCUCCAAAUAGAAGAAGGAACAGAGGAGCCGGUGGCCCUAGAUUGUACGGAACAAGAAGGUGAGAAUGGCGAGAAAGAGACCACGGCCAACGCAGACUCUGAGCUUGGGGCCAAACUUUUAAGAAGAGGAGAACUGAACGAGGGCCAAGCAGAGCCCUGUCAGCCCAGCACGAAGGUGUUCAACCCUUACACCGAGUUCAAGGAGUUCUCCAGGAAGCAGAUCAAAGACAUGGAGAAGAUGUUUAAAAUGUAUGACACUGGAAAAGACAACUACAUUGAUCUAAUGGAGCUGAAGCUGAUGAUGGAAAAGCUCGGUGCUCCUCAGACUCACAUCGGCCUGAAAAACAUGAUCAAGGAGGUGGAUGAAGACCUGGACAACAAACUGAAUUUCAGAGAGUUCCUGAUGAUUUUCAGAAAAGCAGCAGCAGGAGAACUGGCGGAGGACAGCGGCCUCAGUGUCCUCGCUCGCCUCUCUGAAAUAGAUGUUUCAGCAGAAGGGGUGAAGGGAGCAAAGUCCUUUUUUGAAGCUAAAGUUAACGCCAUUAAUGAAUCCAACAAGUUUGAGGCUGAGAUCCGUCAGGAGCAGGAGGAGAAGAAGAAGCAGGCCGAGGAGCAGAAACAGAGACGAGCUGCUUUCAAAGAACUGAAAUCGGCCUUCAACUGACAACCUCAGUCCUUCACUCUCUCUCUCUUUCUCUCUUUCUCUCUCCCUCUCUCUCCUCUCAUUCCAGGACUUUCUCUGUGCUGCACUAAUGUGUCAGAUCAACUCCCAAAUAUUCAGAUAAAUAAUCUUUCAUAUAUAAUUGACAUAUCAGCACUGUGCCUGCUUAUGCAGAAAAAAAAGGAAAUUGAAAUCAAUGAUUCUUUUGUAUAUUUAGCUCUAUGGCUUUGAGACAAGAAUACAACAGGAUUGGCAGGAGAAUAGUUUGUACACGGUUAAAUUAUUGAACAGUUAUGUUUGUCUGCAGUGAUAAGGAACAAUUUGUUUUUCCAAUUAUCCGCCCCGUGGCCCCUGUGCUGGCACAGUGGAGGUGCAGACCCAAAGGGAGGCCUGAAUCCUGUUUUAGCUAACAGAACAAGCACACUCACAGUCACGUGUAUUUGCCAUGCUGGGAGGUAACAUUUAGAUUCCUUUUCCAAGGUCCAGUAUCUUCCUGCUUCUUGUAUCUGCAUAAACUUCUGAUGAAUGCACUUAUUGCACUGUCAGGGCUUUAGUGUGUUUGAGCUACAGUGUAGUCCACAGUUCAUACUCUAUUCACUGUGAUUUUUCACAAUAACGAUAGUGUUAAGUGACGAACAAAUAACUCUGGCUUUAUUUUUGUACUUUUGUACCUGUAUUUUCUGGGGGGGUUCAGUGGGUGGGUGUAGGUUAGAGAUGGGUUAGAUGGUACUUGGUGGUGGUCUUCUAUGGGUCUCAUGGAAGGUAUAUUUAAACUUUCUGUACGCGCUUCAGCACUGAGGUCUGUAGACAAUGAGCAUUUCCUCUGAGAGUGUGUUUUCAUUUAGAGUUGAAUUUGACAAUCUCCUGAAAAUGUCUAGACAGAAACCAACCAACAAUUUACAAAGUUUACUUUUGAACUUUGGUUUUCUACUUUCACAAAAGCACUUGUUUUUCAACAGCUCCACUUUUUUUUCCAACUGUUCUGUUAAUAAUUGCAGACUUUUAUUGAAGAGCAUAUCUAUGUUUAAUCAUUAUUACCUCUGACUCUCACUCACUUCAGUCUGGUGUGUUUUCGUUGAGAGAUUUGAACAUUUCACACUUGGUCAUUUGGUCUAAAUCUUUCAUUGUGUUAUUUUAACUUUACUCCAACAUUUCACUGGGUCCACUCUUAAUUAUUACCAUGUUCACUAUGGGGUAAGAAAGGUUAGACAGAAAAUGCACUGCCUAUUGUGUGAUGCAUGAUAAUCAUAAAAAAACAAACAUUCUGUGACUUUUCUAAAUUUAUCUUUCAAAAAGAUAUAAAAGAAGAUUUGGUGUGGGUGAUCAGGACAUCAGAAACAUCCAAGACAAUCCAGUUUAAAGGUUGUAAAAGUGUGUGAUUCAUCAACAGUGUCCAUUUGAGCAUCUGUUUAUUUAAAUAACCAGGGUUAGUACCCAAUCUAAUGAAGAUCAGCGUAAUGAGCGUCAUAAAACAGAUAAAGUUUCAUUGGAUGGAUUUGUUUCCUGUAGACAUAAGGGACUAACGCUUUCUCACUGUGUAAUCAUUUGAAGCACUAAAAGUAGUUUUUGCUGGUGUUAUCUUUUAAAUGUCUGAUGGUUUAAAAUCAAACCAAAUACAUUUCAGCUCAGUAUGACAGAGACUUAUUUACUGUAUUUCAAUGUGAGACAUUGUUGUCCUUUUGUGCUGAACAUAUUCUGUUGGUUCAGUGGUUUCUUUAUAUAUGCAAAACAUCCCGUCUUAUAUUUCCUUACUGGUGUUUCUCUGAGCAUUUCCAGAAUGUUGUCAGUUGGAUGGGUUUCCUCUGCAUCGUUCCUCUAACGAGUCAUUCCUUCCUGUCAUUUCUGUCUUUAGAACAGUGCCAAAUGUUGAGACUACUGUCAAAGGGCUUUACUUUACAGAAACACAAAUGUACACACAGAUGGUAUGAACAAUCAUGCUACAAUAUAGUUGUAUAAAAAGA